UGCGCGCGUGGCUCCGACUGCGCAGGAACAGCUGGUGCCUCGAGGGGCGGCUGGCGAGCGCGCGGGUGGGGUGCUGGUGUCCGUCCACGCCACGCUGUGGGAGCCGCGGGCCGCCUGGUCUCGCUGCGCCAUGUCCGCUCAGCUAGAGCGCUGCAAGAGUGAGUGGCACGAGCUGGAGGGGGAGUUUCAGGAACUGCAGGAGUCGCACAGGAUUUACAAGCAGAAGCUGGAGGAGGUGACGGCGUUGCAGACUCUGUGCAGCAGUUCCAUUGACAAGCAGAAGAGGCGCCUCAAGGACUUGAAGCUCACACUCCAGAGGUUUAAGCGUCAUGCCACUCAAGAGGAGGCAGGGCUUAUCCAGCAGAUAGAUGCCAACAUUAAGGAGCGGCAGAAUGUCUUCUUUGACAUGGAGGCCUACUUGCCCAAGAAGAACGGGCUCUACUUGAAUCUGGUUCUUGGCAAUGUGAAUGUGACCCUCCUCAGCAAUCAGGCCAAGUUUGCCUACAAGGACGAGUAUGAGAAGUUCAAGCUCUACCUAACCAUAAUCCUGCUUCUGGGCGCUGUGGCAUGUCGAUUUGUCCUUCACUACAGGGUGACGGAUGAAGUCUUCAACUUUCUGCUGGUGUGGUAUUACUGCACCCUGACCAUUCGGGAGAGCAUUCUCAUCAGCAACGGCUCAAGAAUUAAAGGCUGGUGGGUGUCUCACCAUUAUGUCUCCACAUUCCUGUCUGGAGUGAUGCUGACCUGGCCUAAUGGACUAAUUUAUCAGAAGUUUCGCAAUCAGUUUUUAGCGUUUUCAAUUUUUCAGAGCUGUGUCCAGUUCCUACAAUACUAUUACCAGAGAGGCUGUCUCUACAGGCUUCGGGCCCUGGGUGAGAGGAACCACCUAGACCUUACUGUGGGUGUUUGUGCUGGCACUCACCUUCCUCAUCCUCUUCCUCGGCAAUUUCUUGACUACACUCAAAGUUGUGCAGGCCAAACUCCAGAAGAACAGAAAGAAGACCAAGCAGCCAUGAACCUCCGGACCCUAGUGCCCAGAGGCCUCAGGACUUAAGAGACUGCUGGGAUUCCAGUCAGCACCCUGGCUGCCAGUCACUGGUAGCCAUGGGCAGCAGCAUCUCAGGGACCAGCAGCAUUGCUGGGAGCAGGGCCAACGCCCUGGUCCCCAGCCAGACACGAGGAAUGUGAAGGCCAUCUGUGUGCACAGUAUUAACCUGCCCCAAAUCCUUAUUUAUAAUGUGUAUUUAAUGCCGGGUCUUCCCAGCUUCCCUGGAAUCUGAGGCCUUCUCCUCAGCACUCAGCAACAGCAAUGGCUGAGUCUGGGUCAGUCUUCCAGGGAGGGGCUGAAAGCCUCAGGGAGCCCUCUGUUCCCACCCCCAUCAUUUGAACCCCUCUUAGGGGUUUGGAUGUGCCUCAUCAGGGUUGGCUUUAGCAGACCUGCUACUUACUGCGUCCCAGGCACCUGGAGAAAUGAAACUUUCAGCAUCCUGUAGAGGCCUCUGCCCUGGGAGACCACCUCUGCUGUAAGCCCCUCUCCCCCAAAGUUCUCACCUUCUGUGGUCUGGGAGUAUUUAAGUUCUCAGAGAACCACUGCCUGUCUUUGUCGCUCCUGAGCUGUUUACCUGAUGGACACUUGGGGAAAGUAGCCCAGUCUCCUUGGGACCUCCAGAGUUCUACCCCUUGGAGCCAACUUACAAGGGUGGCCCUGAGGUGGCAGGGUCUUUAGGUUUCUCCACCAGAGGGCACCCCAGCCUCCAGGUUGUUUAAGUGAGUGUUCUGUGAGCUCUUCCAGAUUUCUGACUGUCACCCUUCAGCUCUCCUUCACAGACUUUGUGUGAGUCCUUGACCUGGGACCCAGACCCGCAGUACUGACUGGGACUUAAGCCAUUUGGAGGUCAUUCACACCCUACCUCUAGGUUUUGGAAUGUGUGGGAAGGAGGAGGGGUAGGGUCUGAGAGAGCCCAGCCCAGGGGGCCUCCUUGUGAGAAGGUCUGCGCCCAUCGUAUUACAGCAGCAGGGAGGGUGGAGGAGCCAACAGGUUCAGUUGAAUGUUCUGCCCCUUCCCACUCAUGGGCCUCAGCUGCCCGUUCAGACCUGACUUCACAGCUGGCUUCCUCAGACACACUUCAUUUGGCCCUCAGAAGAGUUUUAAAUUCUUCAGUUAUGUGAUAAAAAUGAGAUUUCUCUCCCCACACUGAGAUUCUAUGUAAGAGUCCAAACUUCUGCUUCCCUUAGAAAAUUGGAAAGAUUUGACAAUAUUCCCAAAAGGCAAGUUCAGGCAUCUGCUCGUGUUUGCCACAGCCUGCCCACUCCCUUCAUCCCUGCCCUACCUUCUGGUUUGGUCUCCUGUCCG